AAAAAAAAAAAAAAAGGUACUCACUAGGCCUUCAUUUAGCAAAACACUUUUUCUCUCUACAAAAAGCUUAUCCAACAACCAACAAUUAAAACUAUGCUUACAGUCACAGAAGAUUUCAGUUUCCCAAAAGUCAGUGCCAACCCCAUUCCUCACUUUAUAAUUUCCCCAUCGUUGUGGCGUGUUACUUCUCUAGUUUAUCCAGAUUAUAAUCUUGAUGAAGAUUAUGGUAGAGGGGAAGGUUUUUCUAGGAAUAACUUUUCCCAUGUAGAAAGCAAGACAAAGUCUGAGAAUGAUGCUCCAAACUUAGAGUCACCAGAGGAGAAAAUGGACAUGUUGUGGGAGGACUUCAAUGAGGAGCUACAAAGGGAGUCUUCCAUAGGCAACAAGAAAGAAGCUGAGAGAUUUUCAAGGGGGGGUGGAUUGGAUUACAAGUCUGAAGUUGGUGCAACCAAAGAGUUUGUAGAGUUUUUCUGUCUUCAGGCCUUGAAGAUGUCUAAAACAAGUAAAAGAACCAACAUGGUUGUAGUUUUGAAAGCUUUGAAAAAGUUGUUUUUCCUUCGCAACUGAUCAGCUCAGAUCAGUCAGAGUGACAGUAAUUUCUAAUGGAUUUGCAUUAUAUUAUACAGAUUGACACUUCUUUGUUGUAUAGAAAUACUGUAAAUUAUUUCAUAUCUGCAUACAAGAGCAAAAUUUUCCAAUCUUUACUUUCAAAGCAUGGCAAAUUUGGAAUUUGCAACGCAGACGGUUCCUACAGUAAAACAUUUUAUUUUGUUUGGUAAGCACAAAUAGAAAGGAUAGAUUGAACCUGAUUAACCCCCACAAAAGGGGCACAAGUCA